UACUAAUAGAAUGCCAGAAGUCUGUUUUGGUGUCUUAAGGCUUCACCAAAAAAAACUGGACACAAAAGCCCUUGAAACAAAAAAAAUUAAAACUGAAGUAAAUUAUGAAACUAAAUGUUUCAUGGGCAUUUGUGUAAAUAAAACAGAAAAAAAAUUGACAAAAAAAAGGAAGAAUUUCAAACGUGGGGAAAGGCAGAGAAUAAUUAGAGAGUUUGCCAUGGUGUUGGAUACGUAAGUCGCCGCUUUGCUCCUGCGCCCGCGCUCCGGCUUUCUCGGAAUCGUCCGCUGGAUUAGCACGUUUAGUUUUCAAACUGCAUAGUUUCCGUACAGUUUCAAACUCACUGAUUACCAGCGGAAACCAACCCACCACCCACCCACGUCUCUCCUCUAUUCCCCAUUUUCUGAUGAAACUUCUUCCUCACACAGACUCUGUAACCUCCCACGAUUCCACGGACAACUCUUUUCUUUCUGUUUUCUCUCUCUGCCUUUCGCCGUUUGUGAAGCAGAAACCACAUACAAAGCUCAAAAGCAGCAAAGGGUUAAAAACUGGCGUAUUGUAUCCGACGGGAAGAUCCCUCUGAAACCAAGGCAAGAGCAUUCCCGCGUGCUGGCGUAUUGUAUCCGACGGGAAGAUCCCUUUGAAACCAAGGCAAGAGCAUUCCCGCGUGCAGACACCCCACCCAACACUAGCAGCCUUUGGUUCUUCCACAGAGGAGGAUUUUUCAGAGACGUUUCCCGCAUAACGCUGCCAGCAUUGUAACUCUCUUCCAAAUCCAGGUGUUUGUGAAAAUUCCCCAGAGACUAAUCGAUAGUUUGAAUGUGUAAGUCGAGUGAAUUAAGGUUGUUGUAAUCUAUUUGUGUGUUUAAUCAGUAAUCCAGUGAAUUAAGGUUGCUGUAAAGAGACCAUCCACAAAUUAGUACGAACCAGAGAGAGACAGAGAUACCGAGAUUUGAUUUUUGCAAAAGGGUCUGUCUAAUUACAUUGGGUUAUGUGUUUUCCAGGUUGAUCUUCCUAUUAAUCCUUUUAUUUUUGAAAAAUUAGGAUAGCUGCGUGUUUUCCUUUCCCAAAUUAUGGUUGCUUUCUUAAUAGAUGUGGGGGAUUUGUAUCUAAAAAUAUCUCUUUGGUGUGACUUUAUAAUCUUAAGUACCUUCAAGUCAUGGUAUUAUAUAGCUGCAUUUGGUUUAGGUGCUACCAUCUUUCGCAGGAAACAUGAUAGAAUGAACGAUUGUAUUGGACUACUAGGUGUUUGUGAAAAUUCCCCAGAGAGCUAGAAACAAGGAUAUGAUGCAAAUCUGAAUAUGAAAGAAGGAAGUUCAAUUUAUCAAGGAUCAAGGUUUGGACUACUAGACAGCACGCCGCCUUCGGUUUGAGUGGGACAACCAUAUCACACGCUUGCCUUUCUCGGACCCGUCUACUUUUGAAUUUGGAAUUUGGGUUCGAUCGGAAGAUUGCUUCUUUCUUCCGGAUUUCGUGAAUAAAUGGGGCAGUUCGAUCCGCUGACGGGUCAGUAUUAGCAAAGGUAUUGCAGCGACUACUGUUAAACUGCUUCCCUGUGGAACUGCUUCUUAGUCUAGGGAGUUUUUGUGUGACAGGAGACGUAUUCACUUUUAAGAUUCCCAAAGGACUUCAACAUAUCAAGUAUGGAGGGAAAUGAUAGAACCAAUAUGUCGGCAAUGAAGAAGUUCACUUCGGACAAACAAAUGUUCACAAUUCUCAACAGUCAAACCAAAGGUAUCGUAGGAGCAAUCAACAAAGGCAAAGAUGACAAUCUAUGAAUUCAUCACAGCGGGCUCGAAUUUCACUGCGACGACGUGCUAAUUAUCAAGCCCGAUUGAACUCGGUAAAUAUAGUACAAAAUCAAACGGAAGUAAACCAAGAUGACAUAGGACCAACAUCAGCGGAGCAACAAGAUGCAUAUGUUACUAAUGAGAGACAAAGCCAACGAGAGCAAUGGCGGGAUCAACAACGUAUGAGGCGGAAUUCAAUGAGUUCAAGGCAAAAGCACGAUUACUUAGCACAACGACGAUCCAAUUAUCGUGAUCAACAAAUUCAAUGCUCAAACAUAAUGUUAUUUGGUGGCAAUACCGAUCAAGUUCAACACCCUAACAUAGUGCAAUUCAAUGAAGGCAGUAGCAAUCAUGUUGAACGACUCAACAUAGUGCCGUUUGGAGAAGGCAGCAACAAUCAAGUUCCAAGAACAAUGCGCUUAACUCAUAUAAGGCAAAUUGCUCGAUCGAAUAGGGCACGCUUGCCUCAGGAUGGACUUAUUCAAAGUUUAACUAAUAAUGAAAACACAACAAGGCAAUCAUUCCGUUCGAAUACUCCAAUGAAUCAUUCUUAUCCACCCAUCAUCAAUGAAGAUGAUUUUAAUCUCAUUAAUGAAAAUGAGAUCCAGCCUAACGAGGACGUACCACCUCGACAGCAUACGAUGGGAACAAGGCCAAUUCAUAAUUGUGCUAGAAACUUCAAUGAAAACAUGGGAAUCCCAAGAUUUCACAUGCCAAAUCCAACCACAUGUCCAGAUUGUCAUGCCCGUUUGUUCUCUCAUGAAACAUUUGAAAUGUGUUGCUUACGUGGAAAGCUUGCUCUACCAUUGACACCAUCCCCUCCUGAAAUGACUGAGCUUUUUUGCAACCAAUCUGCCCAGGGAAGACAUUUUAGGCAGAAUAUACGAGCUUACAACCACAUUUUUGCCUUCACAUCAAUGGGAGUUCAUGUUGACGAAAACCUAGCAACAGGAAGACGUGGUAUUUACACAUUUCGUGCUCAAGGUUCCAUAUACCAUAAGAUUGGAAGUCUCUUGCCUAUUGGAGAUAGUAGACCAAGAUUCCUACAAAUGUAUAUAUAUGACACUGCUCAUGAAAUAGACAAUCGGAUGAGAGAAAGUGAAGCACUAAACAGAGAGAUGUGGUUGAAAAAAUCCAACAAAUCUUGA